AUGGGAGUUCGUUUUCUGGGGUUAUCUCUUGCAAUGCAUAAAAUACAACAAUCUAUGCAUCGAAAUAAGAGGAAUGUUAAUAUAGCUAAUGUCCCUAGAGGACACUUUGCCAUAUAUGUUGGUGAAGCUCAGAAGCGUUUCAUCGUUCCAGUGUCAUAUUUGAAGAACCCUUUGUUUCAAAAUUUGCUCAGUCGAGCGGAGGAAGAGUUUGGCUUUGAUCAUUGUAUGGGUGGUAUCAGAGUUCCAUGCAGGGAAGAUACAUUCAUUUUGUUGACUUCCCAAAUGAACAAUCACAAAUAG